AGCAAUGGCAUGAGACAGGAAGAUGUCAGUUUCCAUAGCUCGCAGACCGUCGACUAUGUCUGGCGGAAGUCAGCGCCGUCAGUCAUCGUCUGCCCAGUUCGAGAGUCGGAGAGAGGACUUCAAACGGCGCCAAUCCGUGAAAUACCAGUUUCCAACCUUUAUGCUGACUGAAGAGGAAGAGGCUGCUCUCAUCAAUGAGAGCAAUGUCAGUGAAGAAUUCAUUCGGAGGGAGGUCUUCGGUCCACCACUACAGGAAACAACCCUGACUUACGUCGACAACACAGUGACUAGGCCAACCACUGCAAGUGCACGAAGGUCAGUUUUGUGGUCACAUGAGCGAAAAGCCUACGAAGAGCAACAUUCUAAAACAAUGAGGGAGUUCAAGAGCAGACCAUAUAUGCAACACAAAUACCCUGAACUUAAAAAACAUUAUCCGGGCACUUGGAGGGUUGUGGAUGCUCAUGAACUUAGUAGUAUUGUUGAUAGAUUGUGUAGGCCUACAGCUAUCAGCAGAAUUCGUGCCCAGUCUGCUCCACUACUGCACAAACGAGCACAAAAUAACAGGACAAAGACAUUUUCAUCAUCAUACUGAUUAUAAAGAUCGAUGGUGCCAGCUUCAUUCAACAAUACAUGUUCAGAACAUGUUGCAAUACUCGCAAAGCGUGUCUGUUCUCUCGUGAGAUUUUCAACCUUCCUGUGAACAGUAUUUUUAUAAAUCUAUUUUUCUGUACUUGAAUGUUUUUGCUUAUAUUUAAUGUUGUAUACGUGUACGUUAAUAUGAUAGGAACUGUAACAUAUAUAGACAGGUUAUAUAAAUCUUUAUAAAAACUUCCUGAAUGGAGGUUUUAAUUUGUUUACAUAAUACUUGUAAUUUUGUAUGCCUUUAAUUUUAUUCUCGUACAUGUAAUGCAAGUAUUCAAAAUUUAAUUGUAGUUUCGUACGCAUCUAACAAAUAUUGGUGCCAACUGAGUCAAUGUGAUAAUUAAUGUGAUCAUUAAAUAAACUUACAGUGCAUUUAUAUUGCAUAUUUGGGGAUACGGUU